AUCUCAAGUGAAGGCGACAGAACAAAGAUGCCACUGGUCAAUUACAAUGCCAGAUUCUUGGCCUACCAUAGUCUGAAGCUAUUCAGCACCAUGCCUGGCUCUAGGACUUGUUGCACAGCAUGAUUCUCACUGCACAUGGUGGGUGUUAGUAACCCCGGUUGAUGUUUAGUUAAGAUUGCUAAAGGUAAAUGUACAAAGGUACUGAAUUGGCAUAUAUAAAUAUAUCCUGAGAAAUGGCCACUUGAUUCAUUUUCUUCAGCACGUCUUUAGUUUUUUAUUGAUUAGCAUUGACAAACAACAAACAAGUGGAAUAACCCCGCUUUCGACAUACACCUUGAAAAUACGCCCGCCUCAUACCUAGGUUAGCAUUAACUAACAACCUCAACUUAACAAUCCUACCAUGCGAUCAACUGCAGUCCUCAUUGUAGGCGCGGGCCCUACGGGCCUCACUUUAGCUCUCGAAUUGUCAGUACAGAAGGUCCCAUUCAUCCUAAUCGAUCCUCUCCACACCCCUGCGCCUAAUUCUCGCGCUUUAGUCCUACACGCCCGUUCCGCUGAGCUUCUGUCCCGACAUCCCUCCCUCGUAUCGAACUUGAUCCCUCUUUGGAAACAAAACCUCGGCUUGACUUUCUAUAUCAAUAAAAAAAAAGUAUACGAUGUGGAUCUCACCAAGGAGAGCGUAGGAGUAUUCGAUAGUGAGUACUCAGGACCGUAUUUUAUCAGCCAGAGCGAUACGGAAGCAUGUCUUGAGAGGCAAUUAGAAGAAUAUGGAGGCAAAGUAGAGAGGGGAACAAAAGCUACAACUAUUGUUCAGGAUGACAGUGGUGUUUCAGUUCGGGUUAGGAAAGUAAAGGAAGAUGGAUAUGAAGAGCCAGAAGAAGAAGAGAUUCGCUGUCAAUAUAUUGUCGGAUGCGAUGGCUCACAUUCAAUGGUUCGAAAGUCCGCCGGUUUGAACUUCAAAGGUUCUGCGUAUGCAUCAGACUUUUUGCUCGUAGAUGUGAAGUUGAAAUGGGAUUAUGCGCCGGAUCGACUGACGAUGUUGAUGGGUAAGGAGUUUAUGAUGUGUUUACCACUCAAAGAUGGUGCAUACCGACUUAUAUUAAGUGUUCCUAAUACUAAGAACGGGAAAUCGACUCACGGAGAAGCUAAAGAUGAUGAACCCACUCUUAAAGUAUUCGAAGAAGCUUUUCAAAGACUUGCUACGGGGAACAUACAACUCGAGGGUCCUCCUACGUGGAUUGCACGAUUUAAACUCCAUCAUCGAAUCGCCGACUCCUUUCGCAAUGGCCGUGUAUUCGUCGCUGGGGAUGCAGCGCAUAUUCAUUCACCAGCUGGUGGUCAAGGAAUGAAUACAGGUAUUCAAGACGCUAUCAACCUUGGUUGGAAACUCGGCAUGGUUAUUCGCAAUGAGAAGAAAGAUGAUUUUCUCGACUCCUACAAUGUUGAACGCCGGCGCGUUGGUACUAAUCUUCUAAAAGGCACAGACCGAGUCUUCGAGUUCCAGGCCAUGAAAAAUCCCAUUUUUCUCUUUUUACGCAAUACUCUCUUCCCAUGGAUUGCCCCGAUUGCUUUUAAAGAAGGCGCGAAUCGCCAAAGAAGAUAUCGUUUUAUUUCACAACUUGGGAUAAGAUAUCGUCAUUCAUCCUUCUGUAAAACUGCAAGCGCGUAUUAUGGACCUAGGAGAGGAGGCGACCGGGCACCAGACGGGAAUAUCAUUCUCCCUGGAAGUCAAGGUACGACCAAUUUAUACUCAUUGUUCAAAGGGCCGACGCACCAUUUAUUGCUUUUUUCUGGGCUAGGGAAAGAAGCUAUGGAUGCGGAGGAGUUGUUAGAGACGGUUGGAACCGAUUUUCCGGAAAAAGAAAAGAGUUGGUUGAGGAUUCAUAGGAUUGUUAGUCAGGAGAAAAAAGAAAGUGAUGAUAUUUGUGAUGAGGACGGUAUCUUACAUGAGAGGUACGGGUUUAAAACGGAGCCGGGCUAUGUCCUUGUUAGGCCGGAUACGUAUAUUGGGUAUAUUGGGACGAUGAAGGGAUUGGCGGAGUGGAAGGCGAGUUUACUUUUGUGAGAAAGGGAAGUGGAAGGUGUUAUGAGUUCAGAGGGUAGAGGCUUGUGAUACAAGAUAUGAGGAUGGGACUUGGAUGUCAGAGGACGAGGCGCAGUCGUAUUUUUUUAGGGAGCAUUUAUGAUAUUGAAUGAAUCUUGAGGUUUGGGAAACAGGAAGAGGUUUGGGUUUUGUCCUGGCAUGAAGGAAUGAUAUUUUGGUCGAUUGCAUUGUUUUAAUUGAGAAUACCUCACCCACUUGAUUUAAUAGACUUAUGAUAGGAAAUUCUACUUCUACUUCUACUUC